UGGGCGGGGGCCGCCGCCCUCACUUCCUGGGCCGGGUGGGGGCAACAUGGCGGCCAGGGGCGGCGUGGCCUUGCUCCUCGUGGCCGUGCUCGGCCCUCCCGCCGCCUCAGUCUUCUCUUCGUCUGCCGUGGGCAGCCCCGGCGAGCCGCGGAGCCGCGUGCAGGUGCUGUGCGGCUCCAACUGGAGUCUGGUGCUGCAGGGCCAGUGGAUGGUGGAGUUCUAUGCUCCUUGGUGUCCAGCUUGUCAACAGAUUGAACUGAUAUGGGAGAGUUUCGCAAAAGAAAGUGAGCAGCUGGAUAUCACUGUGGGAAAGGUGGAUGUCACUCAAGAACCAGGAUUGAGCGGUCGUUUCUUUGUCACAACACUUCCUACAAUUUACCAUGCAAACGAUGGAGUAUUUCGCAGAUACCGAGGCUCACGGACAUUGGAAGAUCUUCAAAGUUAUGUUUUAGAGAAAAAAUGGGAAGCUGUGGAGCCUGUAGCAGGAUGGAAGUCUCCAUCUUCUAUAAUGAUGCAUGGUAUGGCAGGACUAUUUCAUCUCUCUGGGUGUAUCAGGCAAAUUCAUGACUACCUCACUGGCACUCUUGGAUUUCAUGUUUGGAUUUCUUACGCAGUCUUCAUCUUGGCUACCUUACUGAUUGGCCUGUUCCUGGGUUUGAUGCUGGUUUUGAUUUCAGACUGCCUUUGUCCGUCAAAGACAAAUUACAGAAAUGAAACAUCUGAAGUAAUUACAAAGGAGAACGUGGAGAAUGCAGAGAACUCGGUGUUAGAAGAACCAGAGGAGGCCACAGAGCUUUCUGCAGAUGAUGCAGAAGAGGCUGCAGAGGUAAAAGAGCUCUCCGAAGGAGAAGAUGCACCAAAUUCAAGCGUUGAUGAUUCAGAAGAGGAUUUGGCACUUGGAAAAGAAUCAGGUGAAGAAGAAGAAGAAGCAGAUGACUUGAAUGAACGGCCUUUAGCUGAUUCAGAGACUGAAAGCUCAGUAAGACAGCGUCGAAGUCAGGUGGCUGAUCAUGGACUGUAGUUUCUGGGGUGUAUUUUAUACACUUGGACCAAAGAAGUAUCAGACCUUGGGUCUGAAGCUGAAGCUUACACUUGAUUUAUCACAUGUGUUUACGGAAAACCUCUGCUCUUUCAGCAGGCUUUUCUUUUUGUUUUAAACUAGUAAUUAUUCACUGAGUUUGUUUUAUAAGCGUAAAUGCUGUGUAUUGUAUAACUUUAGCCAUGACAAUCAAAGUGCGCGUUAUUAUGUGUUUGAAGACUUCUGAGGGAAAAAGGGGUGUGGAGGAGCCUCAGCAUUGACCUAAACAAGGCAAGGACUUUGAAUUCUUAAGUAGGUUGGCAGGGCUGUGACUUUUUCUGUCUGAAUGUUAAUUUUUUCCAAAUGCCACAGUAGCACCAGAUCAGUGAUAGAGCGGUGAAAGAAGGUACCUUACUCAUCUUCUGUUUAAAGAUGUUGUAUACAAUGGAUUUACUUUUAUUGCUUUCAACUGAAGCACCUUUGUAUCUUUCUUAAUGUUUAUUUUGAAAGUAUAUCAUGCAGCAUGCUUUGUGCCCUGGUUAGUGUAGCCCCAAAUUUUUCAGGCUGUGGUAAUUCAGAGGCUUGCUGCAUAGCUCAAGCUUGUCAGCUGGUUUUUUUGUUUGUUUGUUUUUUGACCCAAGGAGUUUGAAUAAUCAAAAGCUUCAGGCCCAUGAAGAAUGACAGCUAGAUGCUUAAAAUAUCUUUAAACCUAAGAGUUUUAAAAGAAAUUAUUUUGGUCAGGGAAAACUUCUGCCAAAGCAUGACUCUUUUCUUUGGAGAUUGUAGCAAGAAGCACUCAUUUUGCAGCCAUUGAGUUGUAUAUCUCCUGCCAAUACAAACUUGUCACGUGUGGUGUAGUUCUGCUGUUUCCAACCCAGAAUGAUUUUGGCAGAGCUCAAACUGCUGCAGUAAUAUUAAUUGAGGGGGCACUAAGGGGUUCACCUUUGUCACUUUUCUACUUUGUUACUGGAAUCAGCACAUUAGGAAAAGGGGGGGCAGGGAUGAAAAGCAAGGAGAAUCUUUUGGUUUUGCUACUUCUAUCAAGGUAAAUGUGUAUCAAACUGUAUGAAGUGAACGUGGCUUGCCAGGUAGGCAGCAUUAGGUGUGAUUAGCGAACUAAGUCAUUAAUGAGAUCUGUAUUUUCCUCCUUUGGUUGACUUAGUUAAUGGCUUUUUAGGUAAGGAAUAUCUACAGUGAGAUUGUGAAUGUUCCUAAUUUGAUAUGUGAUCACAUGUGCAUAAGAUGUGUCUUAAGAUUAACUUUUUUAUAUUGCAUAAAACUUGCUAAUGUGCAUGAAUUUCAUCUAGAAUAAAGAGUAAGCAGAUGAAAUAAUUUCUCUUAUUAGAAGAGAAUUUGCAAGUGCAAAAUGCUAGUUUCCUUUGAGACUGAUAUUAAUAGGGCCAAUUUGUCUUGAAAUUCGAUUUUUAAUGCUCGUAGAGAGCAUAUUUACUCAACUUUACUAAGAAAGCUGAGCUUAACUAUUGCAUAUUGUGUCUUGGAACCAUAUAGUAGAAAGUUUAAAUUUUUCUUUAUACAGCUGUAACACAAAAUUACACUGCAUCUAUUAAAUAUGAUUUUUUAUGGAGUGCGCUGAGUCUUGAGGUUGUAUCUUAUUCUGCUGUAGUGGAGAUAUGUAAAUACGCUUUCACAUGUGGAAGCAUACAGUUGCACUAUAAUGAGAACAGUUGGUUUGUGUUAUCUGUGUAUUCUUCCAUGUAAUUAAGAAGCUGUACAAUCUCACUGGCAGCAGGACUCCGUAUCAGUUGAGAUGUAUUUAUAUUUUUAAAAAAAAAAAGCUCAAACUAAGCAUGUGUUUGUAAAACUUAAAACUUCUGUAGCUACUGUAGAGGGAGAAACUGCACAUAAGAGCACA